UGGACAGCGACUAUUUUAGGUCUGCUGCGCUAGAGCAGAAGGUAGAGACUGUUUCAAACUCCCCUACCUCCAUCUCUGGGAGCUAGAUGGAACCAGGAUCAGCGGGACCAACCCACAUUGCCUAACCAUGGCAGGUCCUGCAAACGCCGGUAUGAGCCCCUGGUACUCCUCUGGAUCUCGUAACGACGCUCCCUCCCCACUCCCAGCCCUUACCGAGGAGAAGCCGCGGAAGAGGAGAGCAUUUUGCCUGCCUCGGAUGAAGUCCAAGAACCGCAACGACAGUGGCAAGCAGCGGCAGCAGCUAGCGCAGCAACCCGUGGCAAACAACAACAACAAUAUGCCUUUCAUAAUCCACUGCCAGAUCGGGAAGGAGAUCAAGCACAUAUGCAGCAACUGCCGUGGCGCAGACCCUCGGGACGUUGAGGAGGUGGAGCGAAUAGCGGCAAUGCGAUCUGAUUCGCUGGUCCCUGGCACACACACCCCUCCCAUUCGGAGGCGGAGCAAGUUUGCCACYCUGGGGCGUCUCUUCAAGCCGUGGAAAUGGAGGAAGAAGAAGAGCGAGAAGUUCAAGCAGACGUCUUCUGUCCUGGAGAGGAAGAUGUCGACCCGGCAGAGCAGAGAGGAUCUGAUCAAGAGAGGAGUGAUGAAGGACAUCUAUGACAAAGACGGGGCGGUAGUAAUGAGAGGAGAGGAGGAGAAGAUGGAGAACGGGAGGUCUCCAGCAUUAGGAGGGUCUGAUCCAUCGCCAUGUGAUGGAGCUGAGCUGAUGGAUGGAGCAGGGUCAGCCAUAGGUACAGUUGAGUUCCAGAUGUCUGGAGAGGGGGCGUGUCCACAAGACCACACCCAGAAUCCCAGCCAGCCUCCACCCACUAAGAAGGUUAUGGUGUAUCCAGGCGAAGGGGCUGGGGCAGAGUCAUCACAUCACACCAUAAAACAUAAAAAACAACCCCCAGUGCUACCCCCCAAACCGUUCAACAGGCUGCCCAACCACAUCACAGACGGUAUGCCAGUGARGCUGCCCUGUAUGUCCAUGAAGCUGUCGCCUCCUCUACCUCCUMAGAAGCUGAUGAUCUGUGUGCCUGUGGGUGCGGGGGGGAGCAUGGAGCCCUCGGCCCUCACCUUUCAGAAGUGCCCCCCUCCCUCCCACCACGUGGGGUCCCUGGGGGGACACUCCCUACACUACGGGACCCUCCCUGUGCCCCUACACCCCCCCAGCCGCAUCAUCGAGGAACUCAACAAGACCCUGGCCCUCACUAUGCAGCGAUACAAGAGCUCGCUGCACCAUGCGGUUCCCACGGUGAUGAUAGCAUGUGACUACAACAAAGAGAACCUCCCCAACGAGGAAGACUAUCAAGAACUACUUGGUUCGUACAGUGACGAGGAUGAUGAAGAAGAAGAUGAUGAUGAUGAUGAUGAGGAAGAAGAAGAAGAAGACGAUGAAGAUGAAACACUCUUUACAAGUACCCUGGCUCUGAAGGUGUUGAGGAAGGACUCCCUGGCCAUUAAGAUCAGUAACCGUCCGUCACAGAGAGAGCUGGAGGAGAAGAACAUACUGCCCACACAGUCAGACCAGGAGAAACUGGAGUUCAGGCAGCAGAUAGGCACCAAGCUCACACGGAGGUUGAGUCAACGGCCAACUACAGAAGAGCUGGAACAGAGAAACAUACUCAAGCGCCACAAUGACCUGGAGGAGCAGGAGGAGAUGAGAGAGCUCAAGAAACGCCUGUCGAGAAAGUUGAGUCAGAGGCCCACGGUGGAGGAGUUGAGGGAAGCUAAGAUCCUGACCCGCUUCAGUGACUACGUAGAGGUUGCUGACGCUCAGGACUACGACAGGAGGGCAGACAAACCCUGGACACGACUCACAGCUGCUGAUAAGGCUGCCAUACGUAAAGAACUCAACGAAUUUAAAAACACAGAAAUGGAAGUGCAUGAGGGUAGUCGCCAUCUCACCAGGUUUCAUCGACCGUAGUUCUUCUGCCAUCUUUUACAAGAACCUCAAGUGCUGGAUCGCAAACUACUGCCUUUGUGUACCACACCCCUUCGCUUCCAGACCAGAACACAACAAGACCAGAACUGGACCAGAACCACACUAGAACCAGAGUAGAACAUGUACUGAAACUGACCGGAAACGUAAUCUGAACCUGGAGGGGUGUGUGUACAGAACUGGGCAGCUGACACUACUCCAGGCUCCAGUGUUGACCCAAAAUAUGUGCCAAUAACUGGAGAGGGCAGACUGGACCAAUCACAACAGUAUCUUGGCCCUGUGGUCAUGUUGGGGUUGCGGAGAGGGAGCAUCGUACACAUGGAGAGAGAUUGAUGGAAAGCACUGGACGGACUGACUGACUGGGUUCUCCUCUAAAUGGAGAUUAUAUGGACUAAAAUGUAUUGUUUUUAACAGCCUUUUAUUAUCCUUUUUAAUUCUGAAGAUGGUUCAUGUGUUUACUUUACUGCACUUUAGUUUUUGACGGUACUCUACGGAGGGAUUAUGGAACUUUAUUCCUAUAUCUGUGCCAACAAGACUUUGGGAUUGUAGGAGAUUGAGUUUGGGAGGGCAUCCGUAAGGAAUACAGAGAGACAUCCUACAACUGAUUGGUUAAAAAAGGAUUAUCCUCCAAGGGUUGUUGUUCCUGCCUUUUUAAUACUUUUUGGUACAUUAUUAGUUUGACUAUUUUCCAUUGUGGGCUGCUGUUUCCAAAACAGAGGGACCAAACCCUUUUAAUCUGAUAGUACUGCAGAAUAGGAUUCUGUAAUAAGUGUGUUGCGGUUAAAGUACUACUUACAAUACCGUACACGGUAUGUGCUAUUCUGAAGGAAACUGUAGUAGGAGAAUAUGAUCGGGAAUAUUUACCUCUAAAAAAACGUUGAAAUACAACGCAAAACUCUCCUGUCCAUGUUGUGUUCAUGUUGGGAUAUAGAAAUGUGAACCAAGCAAUAAUUGAACCUUUCUUUCCUCCGUCUGUCUCUUUCUGGGCUGCAUUCAGGUGAACAAGUACUGGGAACAUUUCAGAGAGCUACCUGCUCAAUACCAAAUACACUUUGAAACGCUGUUGUGACCUUGAAUGCAACCCAGAUCAUCAUUAUUACUGUUCUGAGAGUUCUGCAACCCUCUGUAUAGUGUCACUGUGCCUGUUGUCUUCUUUACAGGGAUGAAAACAUUGCCAAAUGUACUUUGUUUGAAUGACAUUUGAUCCAAGUAUGUUGUCAAUAUAAUGUUUCAGUAGGGUGCUCUAUAGACUGGUAAGUAUCAGUUAUGAAUGGAAUGGAAUUGUUCAAUUUCUCACUGUUCUCAAAACAGGAAUUGUAUGGUUCCGCCUGGUUUGGCCUCAUAGUGGAGAAGCUACAUUAGACCACCCUUUGGCUGUGAAUGAAAGUACAGUACCACCUUUUGCUCACAAAAAGCCAGACACCUCAAAAUACAAGGAAAAACAUUAUUCUUGUUUUUUUUACAAUGAACACAUGCAGUUGAUGAGUUGGUCUUGAUUGUUUAGUCUGAGAACCCUUUGACUUGUGGUGUAUCCUGGUUGUGUGUGUGCGCGUGCGCGUACAUGUUCAUUAGGCACAAAACAGGAAAAUGUUUUACAACGGAGUGCUUAACACGACCCAGGACUCAGUGUUGUCUCCCUGUGCCUCUCUCCUGUAUCCAAACUAACAAAAGAGGACAUUCUUUGUAUAAUAUAUGUACAUUAUACAAAAGAAACUUAAAUAUUUAAAUAUGUUUUUCUUUUUUGUACAGAAGGAAACUGCAUGUGAUGAUUGUUAACUAUGUGUUCAUCUUCUAUAGCCCUGUUUAUACCUGGUUCUAACUUGGGUCCUUUGUCCGGAUCUUGUCCAAAAUAUUACUUUGAAAGAAUAAACUGUGAAAUAA